AAAUAAUAUUCUGUGAUCAUCGCACAAUCACUAACGAUUCCUCCUCCGCCCAAAUCCAAAAACCAAGUCGGAUGACAACUACUCAAUCGGUGUCCUCCAGCGGCAGUAUGGAAUCGCCGUCGAGCCGGACCGAGCAAGCCACCACCGUGGCUACUACAUCUGUUAGCGACAGUGCCUAUAUACAACUCAACAAUUUGGAUAUUCAAGCUGAAGACGAUCCUGCUUCUCAGUUAGCUUCGGGUGGUAAGAAGAAGAAGAGGGGAAAGCGUGCGUCUGGUCCUGACAAAAAUGGAAGAGGGUUACGUCAAUUUAGCUUGAAAGUUUGUGAAAAGGUGGAAAGCAAAGGAAGGACUACUUACAACGAGGUUGCGGACGAGCUUGUUGCUGAGUUUGCACUCCCAAAUAACGAUGAUACAUCCCCUGAUCAGCAACAGUAUGAUGAGAAGAACAUAAGACGAAGAGUAUAUGAUGCUUUAAACGUCCUCAUGGCUAUGGAUAUUAUAUCCAAGUAUAAAAAAGAGAUUCUGUGGAGAGGUCUUCCUCGGACUAGCUUGAGCGACAUUCAAGAAUUAAAGGCUGAACGAAUCUCACUUAGGAGCAGGAUUGAAAAGAAAACUGCAUAUUCCCAAGAACUGGACGAACAAUAUGUAGGCUAUCAGAAUCUGAUACGGAGAAAUGAACACUUGUAUAGCUCUGGAAAUGCUCCUAGUGGGGGUGUUACUCUUCCUUUUAUCCUCGUCCAGGUAAGCUUAUUUACCGAUCCACAACCAAUAUCAUGUUCUUGGUUCGGUCAUUGUCUGAUUGUUGUUGUUCUGCACCAGACUCGUCCUCAUGCAACCGUAGAACUGGAAAUAUCAGAAGACAUGCAGCUCGUGCAUUUCGAUUUCAACAGCACUCCAUUCGAGCUCCACGACGACAAUUUUGUUCUUAAGACGAUGAAAUUUUGCCAUCAGCCACCAUCGAGCAACGGUCACAAUAACAGCCAUGAAGCUUCUCACAAUCUCGUUUCGGAAGACAAUAAAGAAGGCCUCAGCACCGAGCCUGCGGCUCCUCAGGCAGUGGAUAUGUACCAGUCUCAUCCUCAACCACCACAGCAUCAACUGCAUGCUCAGCCACUAAUCAUUCCAAUGCCUGUGACUAACAACGAUGUUGCUUCCGCCGCUGCUCCUGUGACAUCACAGCCUCUCUUGGGUACCAUAAAGUCAAGUGUAAAGCCGGAAAACUAA